AUGUCUCACUAUAUUCGAUUGACUUAUCUGAUUGAUGUAGGUAGUGAUGGCUGGUGGAAGGAAUGUGCUGCGAUUGCUGAGGCUAUAGAGUCCAUGGCAGGAGUUACAGUUCAGGCUCUCCAAGCUUUGGCUGAAUCUCAAGCUACUGCACAAGUCUCUGCGCAAGCUGCUAUCCAAGCUGCACAGAUUGCUGCUCAAGCUGUUGCUCAAGCUACUAGGCUAACCCCCCCAUCCUUCGAAGGCCACUAUAAUCCUGAUGGAGCUCAAAAGUGGUUGCAAGAAGUGGAGAAAAUUUUCAGAGGAGUGGCAUGUCCCGAAGGUCAGAAAGUGCAUCUUGGUACCUUUAUGUUGACGGAAGAAGCUGAACAUUGGUGGGAUAAUGCACGCCAACGUUUAGAGAAUGCAGGGACUGCAAUUACUUGGGCUAUAUUCAAGAACAUGUUUCUAAUUAAGUAUUUCCUUGAAGAUAUCCAUAAUAGAAAGGAGAUGGAAUUUGUUAAAUUGGAACAGGGGAAUAUGUCAGUAGCGGAGUAUGCUGCUAAGUUCAAGGAAUUAUCCAGGUAUUAUCCACUCUAUGUUGGAGAAGCAGGAGAAAAGUCUAAGUGCAUCAAGUUUGAAAUGGGACUCAGGCCAGAGAUCAAGAAACAGGUUGGAAUGCAAGAGAUCCGCGACUUUCCUACCCUAGUGAAUAAGAGUAGGAUUUAUGAUGAGGAUAGCCGUGCUGAAAAGGCACAUUAUCGAAACACUGGAAUCAUGAAGGACAAGAGGCCUAUGCAUCAUAAUAGAGGAAAACCUUACUCCUUCCCUCCUAGUAGAUCUGGAAGUCGUUUGAAUUAUCAACAACACAGUUUUUCAGCUGGAAAAGGAGCUAGUAGUGGUAACAGAAAAGGAAAUGGGAACAGUUAUAGUUAUGGGAGUGGUAGAGGAAACCCCAAUGGACGAGGAGUUAGUAGCGGAAAUAGUAACAACAUGAGUCAAGUCUCACGCAACAACAAUGGUAAUAAUGGUUACCUAGCUACUCCUAUCCGAUGUAGCAGGUGUGGAAAGCAGGGUCACAUGACAUAUGAAUGUAGAGAUGCUGGAAUUACUUGUUUUAAUUGUCAACAACAAGGCCACAUUAGCACCACAUGCCCUUACCCAAGGAAGACUCCACAGCCUGGAAACCAGAGUUCCAAAGCCAGCAGACCUAAAUCCAAUGGAAGAGUCUUUGCCCUCAGUGGUGCAGGAGCGUCUGAGAAAGACAACUUGAUCCAAGGUACGUGUCUCAUAAGUGAUACUCCUUUAUUUGUACUAUUUGAUUGUGGUGCCACUCAUUCUUUUGUUUCUCUUGAUUGUGUUAGACGUUUAGGACUACAUGUAUCUCGUUUACAGUAUGAGUUGAUUGUGAAUACCCCAACUAGUGAUUCUGUUGAUACCUCUAGUGUUUGUCUUGACGUUUCUAUCCAUGUGUGUGGAAGGGACUUUCGAGUUGACUUAGUGUGUCUACCUUUGCGUCUGGUUGAUGUGAUUCUUGGUAUGGAUUGGCUAUCUGCCAACCGUGUCCGCGUAGAUUUUUUUAGUAAAACCAUUGAAUUCAUGGAGUCAGAAGAGAGGGAUAAGCCUAGCAAUAUAUCCACCAACCAAGUGAAGGCACUCUUGAAAGAAGAUGCCCAGUUAUACAUGAUCCUUCCCUCAUUGGAAUUUGAAGAAAAAGUGGUAAUACGAGAUGUUCCUAUUGUGUGUGAAUUCCCUGAAGUAUUCCCUGAAGAUGUCACUAGUUUACCACCAGAGCGUGAAAUUGAGUUUAGCAUUGACCUUGUACCAGGUACUGGACCCAUAUCCAUGGCACCUUUCCAAGAGCUUAAGAAAUGA